AUGGUCCAGGCUAGGAAGACGAGUACCCAGAUUGCGGAGUUGCAGACAGCGGCACGUGCCGUCUCCACUUUGCAAGAUAUUCUUCGUGCGGUGUCUGAAUUUUUCGCGGAAAUCUUCGGACGACACCAGUGUCAGCUGGAAGACGACUUGCGUCCUGCGCAGGGAACGACGCUGAGGGUCUGGGAUGCAGAUGAACUGGCAGCAGACUGGACGGAGGAGGAGGUGAAAAAGGCAUUUAGUGCGAUGGCAGAAAACAAGUCCUCGGGGAAAGAUGGUCUACCAAAGGAGCUAUUUGAAGCCCACUGGGACCUGCUGGGUAAGGGCUUCAUGGCCUUAGCCAAGGAUUUUCCUUCAUCAGCAGUUCUCUCAACGGAAGUAAAAGAGGCAGUUAAAAUACUGCUUCACAAGAAGGGGGAUAACUCAGGAAGGCACCUGACGGAUGCGGGCCUUAAGGGGAAGGAGUGGUACAUGGACAGCGGUUGUACCCAACACAUGACGAACCAAAAGGAGUGGCUGAAAAAAUUCAGAGCAUCACCGAUACCGUAUGUGCUGUUGGGAGACGAGAGGAAACUUCCUGUGAAAGGGGAAGGAGACCUAGUGCUGCAAAGUGCUUAUGGUGAGGUGAAGCUGGACAACGUGCUGCUGGUGGACAAGCUCACACUCAACCUCAUAAGCCAGUCGCAGUUAGACAGUGGUGGGUGCAAGACUUUUCGUGACAACGGCAGCAUAUGGGUGUUCGGUUCGGAUUGGAAGGUGAUAGCGGAGGGAUCACGCAAGCAGGGGUUGUACGAGAUGAAGCUUCACGAGAAACAGAGUGGGGAGAAGACCACGUACCUGGCUGAACCGGAAGCGGGAAAGGUAGCACGAGAGGAGCUCCGCAACAAGCUGGAAAAGGUACCGAUUAAAGAGCUGCAGCAGCAGGCGCUUCCUAUGGCAGCAGCAGUGAGUACGGUGGACGUCAACCUGCUGCACAGGAGGAUGGGGCACGCUGGUCACACUUGA